UUCAUCAAAAGCACUAAAAACACUGUUCACUCAGUUUUCUCAUCUUUUUCAUCUUUUUCCUGCCUUCCAUUUCACAUUUUCUCAUUUGACAUUUUCUCCUUCUUUCCAUCCCCUUUUCUGAUUCUUUGCUUUGAUUUUUCGUUUUUCAUUUCCACAUUCUUCUCUUAAUUUUUCACUUCCCCCUUUUCUGAUUAUGUGUUUUUACUUUACCCUCUUCUCUCGAUCCUUCUUCAAAUUUAGGGCUUCUUAAUGGUGAAGAGGAAGAAAGAGCUAAAUGACUUACAUCGGUCGAAAUUGGUUUUUUUUUUUCUAUGAUUGCUGAUUUUGUUUUGAUUUUCUUAGGUUGAUUUUUUUAAUAUAUACAUUCAUCAAUUCUCCUCUCUUUCCCCAAUUUUAGUGUUCAAUAUUAGGGAUUUACAUUAUGGAAUCAAAAGUUAGUUUUUUGGGGGAUUUCAUUAAUUUUUGAACGACGAAAUAGGUUUAAAGAUGUUAUUUGACUUGAUUUAGCUAACAACAAACAGCACAGAGGUUUGAAGAUGUUCUAUGAUAGUUAAGAAAAAAGGGAUUCUGGAGGAAAUUAUUAAUAAGAAUGUUGAGGAAGUAAAUUUAGAAGAAGAAAAAGAAAAAGAACAGAAUGAGAGAGAAGAAAAAGAAGAUGAAAAGGAGAAGGAAAAAGAGAAUCAGCAACCUGUUCCAAUUGCCACAAAUGAUGAGGCGGGGGUUGUUUCAAAAGGGGAACAAGAAGAUGCUGGAAGUGAGGGGGAAAAUUCUAAAGAAGAGGAAUGUGAGGAACCAGAUAAAGAUACUUUUAGUGAUGAGGAAGUCAGGAUGCCAACUAAGAAGGAGCCUUUGUACAAAGAAAAAGUAUUAGGCUUGCUUCAAAAAGGAAGCGUCCUAUGGUUAGUUUAGAUGAUGACACCUCCACACACCUCCUGUGAGCCUCAACAGACAACUCCUCCUUCACCAAAACCUGAUGCGUCCUGUGAUUAGUUCAGAACGAUCUUCUUGUUUUGCCUAAGGAAAGUAGUAUGCUUUGAUGUUCUGAUUAGCUCCUAAACUUUCUGAGCUACAUUAAAAUCUCUAGUUAACAUAUAUAUUAUGAUGUUCUGGAAGAAAGGCUCUGAUAUUACAUGCUCUGAUUAAUAUACUUUGACAAUAUACUUGAUGUGUUCUAACUUAGUUUGAAUGCAAAGCUCUGAAACUAAAACUUGUUGAAACAAUUAUAAUGCACUGAUAAGGAAGUAUAUAUAUAUGCUCUGAUGAUUUCAUUUUAUAAUAUUAUCUUCAGGCUUUAUGCUUCAAUAUAUUUAUAUUUAAUUUGUAUACCCUUUUUAUUAGUUGAAGAAUCAAAUGAAGAUGGAGCUUGAUCUUAUCACUUCUUAAGCCAAUAAUCAUCAAAUUUUGAAAAAUCAAGUAUUAUCUUUUGGAGUUUAAAUAUCAUUUUUGUUUUUGGGUAAUUGAACAUCUACUUCUUCGAAGCAUCGAGCCUUGAAGACUUUCUCUUUUGGAGCUUAUUUCUUUGAGUUCUUAUUUUCCUAUUAUUAUUCUCUUACUUGGUUUAGCACCACCUUUGAAGGAAAAUGGUACACAUUUUCUUAACUCUCUCUGUAACACCCUGAAUUUCCAACCCCUUAAACGAAACCAGAAUCGUGAAGGAAGGAAGGAAAUUCGGGUGUUACAUAAAAAGAAAAGAGAACAUAACUAAAAUAAACGCUAAAGAUUAAUUAAAAAGGUGAGU